AUGCACCGCAAGUGCCCCAGCUGCAACGAGCCCAUCGGCGACUUCCGGUGCCGUGCCACGGAGAAGAUCCUCGCCGGCAUGACCAGGCCCUGCAGGUUCAAGAAGCACGGCUGCACCGAGACCGUCCGGUACACCGAGGCGCGCGCCCACGAGGAGGAGGCAUGCCGCUUCGCGCCGUACAGCUGCCCGUUCGACGGCUGCGACUACCGCGGCCGCCUCCUCUACGGUCACAUCCGGGACGCCCACGAGCCAGCCGGCGACGCCGCCACCUUGGCCGCCAAUAAGACGUGGACGACCCAUGCCAUGACCGUCAAGGUGACGCUACAGAAGUCGACCCCCUUCCGCGCGCUGCUCCACCCCGACGAGGAGAGCGUGUUCCUCCUGCUCAACGGCGGCGACGACCUCACGGGACGCUCGCUGUCGUUGGUCCGCAUCUGCCCAUACGCGGCUCAGGUGGACGGGCGGUACGUUGUGAGGGUGCAUGCCGAGUAUCCGUGGUGGGUGUCGGCGUCGGGGAAAGCGCAGUUCGUCCGUCAGCUGCAGGGGUACAAGGCUAGGCGCUUACUGAUCGUGCCCGACGAUUUCUGGGGCUCGUCCGGCAGCAUCACCGUCAACGUGGACCUCUUCUGA